CGUAAACGUAUUUUUACAACAAUUUAUAUUUAUAUCGUUUAGAGUAUAAAGUAUGAAAAUGUAAUAAAGUAUAAAAAUUUCUCCUCAAAAUGCUUCCCUUCAAAACUUUGAACGUUAUAUUCUCCUAUUACAGAAGGUCUAUACAGAUCUUUCGUUGAUGAAAUAGAUUUUUGCAUAACAAAUUUUAAAUAACAAGUAUUCCGAAGAUUACAAAUUGUAUCAUAAAUAGCUUUUACAUUAUAUAUAGACAUCGUUGUAGAAUAUUCUUAGUGGCAAUGCAUAACGAAAAUAGAACGUUAUAAAUUUGUAUGUAGGGCGGAAUGAAGUCGAAAAUAACUCGUUUAAAAAAUUCAAAAAUUAUCAUGCACCAUAAUAGGUAAUCUUGCCACGACGUGCACGACUGGAAAUUAAAAUUCACAAUGAUUUUAACAAUAUGGAAUUAAGUAAUAGAUUCGAGUUUCUUUCGAUCUCCCUAGUUUUACGUAUUUUCUAUGCAUAAUUUUCUAUAUAACCAAUUUCUUCUCUCUUCUGUUUCACGAAAUUUUAUACACGCGAUAUUGGCCACGUGGAUUAAUCUUCCAUUUAGAGAUAUCAAUAUACGGUUGCAUAAUUCGUGAAAGUCAAAUCUUUGUAUCAAAGCGUAAACCACAAUUUUUGUUUGACGAUCGGCGGAAAUAGAGGUGGUCUCGUAUUUGCUGUCGGGUAAAACAAGUUUGCAACUCGAUGGAACAGAUUUGUUCAAAACCUGUCCCCCUUCUCUCGCGAGACGCUGUUGCGCGAUCGAACAGAUAGGGAGAUCAUCUUCUCCCGUUUCUUUCACCGGAUAUGGAAUUCUUCUUUUUCUUUUUUUUUUUUUUUUUUCUUUUUUUUUUUCCUCUCGUAGCCAAAGUUUUGCCGCGAUAAAAUGGCAUGCCACUUCUCCCAUUCUCGACAUUCUUUCAUCUUGUGAAUUCAACUUUUGGAACUUCAAGUAGCUGCCAUUCAUCCUUGUAAAACCGUAAAUAGUUUGGAAAAUUACGCAUUCGCCACUGUUUUUUGAAAUUAGCGAGAAGCCAAGCGAGAAAUUGAAUCGUGCAAUUUUUCUCGUGGUUAAUAAAUCGCUGAUAUGAAAAAAAAAAAAAAAAAAAAAAAGAAAAAAGUAGUUGACCGAUGAAAAAUAUUUCUGUUAUAAUAUCGAUAAUACCGUCGUUGAUACCAUCAAAAUGAUUAAGAUUAUCAUCGUAUCGUAUCGUUUUAAUCACAUAAAUCUUGAAAAAGUAUGACGUACAAAUAUUAAAGUAGCUUCUGAUACUUUAAUGUAUUUUUUUUUAAAUUUAUUUUUUUAAUUUAAUUUAAUAAUUUAAAUUUAUUUUUUUAAUUUAUUUUUUUUUAAAUUUAAAAAAAAAAAGAAAAGAAUAUCGAAAUAAUUCUUUCAUCAAACGUCCAUUCCAAAUACGGAAUAUAAAUAAAGAUCUUUCUAACAUUUUCCCUCUCGCUUUGCACCUCGUCUCGAACGAAGAAAUUUCACAAAAAAUUUCGAGCCAAUUAUAUUUAUCUUUAUAUCUAAUCGAAAAUACGAUUACAUAAAACACAACGUGAAAAUACGCGCGCACCUCUUCUUCCUCUUCGAAAGCGAAAGAUUUCCGAAUCGAUUUGUUAAACACCGGAUACACGCGAAUUCGAUUCGCGUAUCGCGACACCGCGUCGCUUUAUCACGUCGACCCGGUAGCUCGAUCGUAUCGCCGCGAACGGGAGCUGUCCAAACAUUCCCGUCACGCUUUUAUCGCGCGACGCUCGAACGUGAACGCUGUGCUCCGCCGAUUCCUCGUGAGCGCGGUUCAAUAACUUUCGGAUCGCGCGCCACGAUAUCGACGUUUGGACGGGAAUUCGAAAAAAAAAAAGAAAGAAAAAAAAGAAAAGAAAAAAAGGAAGGAGGCGAAAAGGUGACGAGGCAAACCCGACUUUUAAACACCGCCUCUUUUAAACACUCGUUGGAACGGAGGGGGAAGGGGUGGGGAUGUCAGAAGCGAGAUGGAGACACAUGUGUCGCGAGCUCGAUGGUUUUGUAAUGCGAUGCUACUACGAGAUGGUAUCCACUUGUUCGAUAAUGUUGUUUUGUCGAUUAUCUCGAUAUCUCGCGUUAUAUAGUCGUUUAAUCGACGCGGAGAUAGGUCAGAACGCGACGAGGCAUCUAUCGGUCACACCGCCUCGCGAUAUUUUCGUUUUCGCGCCGGGUUCCAUCGCCGCCAUGACGGAGGCCAAGGAGAAAACAUGGAAGAGGAAGAGGGUUUCUCUCGGAGUCGGCGGUGCCUUGGUGGAGCUGGAGCAGGAUCCCGAACGUGGUAGCUGGGCCAAUCCCAUCGAGUUUGUUCUAUCCUGCAUCGGGUAUGCCGUUGGCAUUGGCAAUGUUUGGCGUUUCCCUUACCUUGUAUAUCGUAAUGGCGGUGGUGCUUUUAUAAUUCCGUUCGUUUUAAUGCUGAUAACCAUGGGAUUACCGAUAUUUUUUUUGGAACUGGCUGUUGGACAGUAUUCCGGACUCGGCCCUAACGAGGCGUUCAAACGUAUGGCGCCGGCACUCGAGGGCCUCGGUUAUUGCACCCUGGUCGUCAUUUUGCUCGUAAUGGUCUACUACAUGGUGAUCGUUGCCUGGACACUCUUCUACACGUUCCUCUCGUUCCUGCCGAAGCUCAGUUGGGCCUACUGCGACAACGAUUUCAACACGAACCAUUGUUACAGCGGGCUUCAAGAGAUUCAAUGUCAAACGGACGAUCCGGAAACGAUAUUUUACAACAAGAGUUGUAUAUCGGCCAGCCACGUAUGCCGGAGCUUCGAUUUCGAGGAUGGAAACAUCACGCAUUGUUUCAAAGCUGGCAAAGUGGAACUCCUUCGAAACCUUUACACACGGAUCCUUUCGUCGGAGGAAUAUUUCAACGACUACGUGCUUGGUAUACGAGGAGCUACGUGGGAACACUUCGGAGGCGUGAGAUGGGAAUUGUUAGGAUGUCUGACCCUCGCUUGGAUAAUCUGCUUCUUGUGUUUGAUGCGUGGCGUCCAAUCCAUUGGAAAAAUCGUCUACUUCACCGCUCUUUUCCCCUACGCCAUGCUUAUAGCGUUGUUGAUACGAGGUGUUACGUUGGAAGGUGCCCUCGAUGGCUCUCUUUGGUUCAUCAUGCCAAAAUGGUCCACCUUGCAAUCCACCAGUGUCUGGGCGGAUGCUGCUUCCCAAGUUUUCUAUUCCCUCGGUAUCGGUUGCGGUUCCCUGAUCACCCUCUCGAGCUACAGUAACUUCAACAAUAAUUGUCACAGAGACGCGAUAUUCGUAACUUUCACGAACUUAGCCACGUCGAUUUUCGCCGGCCUCGUCAUCUUCUCGAUCAUGGGAUUCCUCGCCCGUCAAAUGGGGGUUUCGGUCGAGGAUGUGAUACAGAGCGGAGCGGGGCUUGCAUUCAUCGCGUAUCCGGAAGCGGUGGUGCGGAUGCCGUUGCCCAACGUGUGGGCCGUCCUGUUCUUCGUCAUGCUGUUCAUCCUGGGUAUCGGGAGCCAAUUCGCAGGCGUGCAGGCGAUAAACACCGCCAUAUUGGACCUGAGGCCGGAUUUACGAAAGCGGGAGAGCCUGGUUGUGUUGGGUAUAUGCGUCACUUGCUGGUUCCUUGCCAUACCGAUGGUGUUCGACGGCGGUAUUUACCUGUUCACGCUGAUGGACUGGAACACAGCUUCUUGGGCGAUACUAUUGAUCGGGAUUGCCGAGGUCGGCGUUGUAGGCUGGUGUUACGGGUGCAACAAAUUCCUGCGUAACAUAGCCGAGAUGCAAAUGCGGUUCAACCUUUCGCUCCGCAGAUAUUGGUGGCUCAGCUGGGUCGUGCUCGCGCCUAUCACUUGUCUGGUGGUGUUCGUGCAUCAAAUAUAUACGUACGAGAUGCCUCGUUAUGGCAAGUACAUAUUCCCUAACUGGGCGAAUGUGAUCGGAAUACUGAUCGGCCUGUCGACCCUCGCCCCGAUGCCGUUAUUUUUCAUCCGCCGCGUUUGGAAAGGGCCGAGGGACCGAAGCAUGUUUCGACCGAAGAAGACGUGGGGGCCCGCCGUGGAAAAAAGUAAGGACACCGUGUCCACGGCCGUGUCCGUCAAGGUAUCCGAACCGCGUGGGAACCACGAGACCCAGGAGAAUUCCGCAGUUUAAACCGACAAUCUUUUUGAUCGAUCCUUCGUCCUUCUCUCCACGUCGAUUCUAGUCACGUCGAUUCGGAUGUUAAUCGCUUGAGAAAAAGGAACGCUCUACCCUUAACGCAUCUCCCCGAUCGAUUGCGAUACACCACGGUUUUCGUGAUCUUUUUUUUUUUCUCUCUCUUUCUUUUUUUUUUUUUUUUUUUUUUUUGAAUAAUAUUAUUCGCGACGAAUCGCCUAUUUAUAUACAUUUUUUUUCGCAUUUAAACGGGGGAGGCAAACGGAGAGGAUCGCAUUGUGAUAUUGGCGAGGUGUGUAACGACGAUGUAAUUAUAUAAUCAUUGAAAUAAAAUAAAUAAGCGGUAUGCGAAAAAAUGUGAGUGGAGCAAUGUGAGUUGGGAACCGCUGCUACGCACACUGGUUUCCUCCAAUUCUCUUACGCUGGUUCGUUUCCAACCAACGAUCUUGCGCGUAUUAUUUCCACUUGUUUCUCUGCUCUCUCCUGUUUCAUUCGACGAUAAUUAGAGAGAAGUUUUCAAGGAAGGAGGAAUCACGACGAUGCGCGUUCCGAUUUCAUCAUUUUUCAAUCCUGGUAAAAAGAAAAAAAUCGCGCCAACACUUUCCGUUCCUUUCGUUCUUUAGCAAGUUUUUAAAUCGAUGCUCGAGGACAAAAGGUUAGAAACCGUAAAUACAACUAUAAUUUCGCCUCGAGCUUUAACUCAGUACUUGCCGAUUAACAACGCAUCACCGAGUUUACGAUUUUCAGUUUCGAAAGGGAUUCGUUUGCCAUGUUUCCUUCCUUGCGUUUACAAUUUGGCAAACGCGUCGCAAUGCGGGCGAAAUUCGAACUGCCAACUUCUCGAUUAAUUCCUUUUGGAAUCCAUUCUCGUGGAUGGUCGCAGACGCGUAGAGAGAGAGAGAGAGAGAGAGAGAGAGAGAGA